AUCAGCGCUCUUCGCGAGAAGGAGAAGGGAGACUGGAAACAGCUCACCAUCGAUGACAAGAAGAAACUCUAUCGAUUCAGUUUCUGCCGGACGUACGCCGAGAUGAUGGCUCCGACCGGUGAGUGGAAGUCAAUCCUCGCCGGAGUGCUGGCGAUUGUGACGACCGCUUUGUGGACAUAUGUGUUGAUUAAGAAAUUCGUGUAUGCGCCAAUGCCUGAGUCCACUUCACUCGAGUGGCGUAAGAAGCAGAGGGAUUGGAUGGUUCUCUGGAAGGUUAACCCCAUUGAAGGCCUUUCCUCCAAAUACGACUACGAGAAGAAUAGAUGGAAGGAUUAGAGCAACACUUCUUCCACUUAGAAGUAGUGCUAAGGAAUCAAUUGAUUGUUUGUCUUCACUUUUCUCUCUCUAAUGUCCUCUAAUUCCUGUAUCGAUUGCUUUAAGAAUUUAUUUCCAAUUAUAUUACUAUUAAAUGUAUUGUUAUUUUAGUUAUUAUAAAAAUCAGUAGUAAAACGAAACAAAAGGCAUUUUUAUCGCAAAGACGUUAUAUUUCACGUAAAGCUCUUAAUGUUUGCGAUAAGAUAAGAGCGAAAACUGCCAUUAAAUUGCAAAAACUGUAGAAAAUGUAAACUCAAAUACGAAAUGAUUUCCAAAUAAAGUAUAUAAUUAAAUAUGAAUAGA